AAUUCGCGGCGCGGGCCGCCCAUCUGAGCCUGUAGGUCUGUGUGGGUCCGAGAGCUCGCAGGGCUUCGUCCUCUGGCCCCUCCUGCUCCUGCUCCUGUUCCUGCUGCGGCGCCCCAGCUCACUCCCUCCGCCGUCCUCCCUUCUCCUCCUCCUCCUCCUCCUCCUCCUCCUCUCCCGCCGGGACCCGAGCGCCCUGCCCUCCCCAGCACAGAAUGCAGAAGAAAGAAGCCCCCGAGAAAGGCUUCCGGGCCCCCUUCCCGCACUUCGCCACCAACGCCAUCCACGCGGGCCAGGAGCCGGAGCAGUGGUCCUCCCACGCCGUGGUGCCGCCCAUCUCGCUGUCCACCACCUUCAAGCAGAAGGCGCCCGGCAACCACUCGGGUUUUGAAUACAGUCGCUCUGGAAAUCCCACCCGGAAUUGCUUGGAGAAGGUGGUGGCCUCUCUGGAUGGCGCUAAAUACUGUUUGGCUUUUGCUUCAGGCUUAGCAGCCACAUUGAACAUCACACAUCUCCUAAAGUCUGGGGACCAUAUCAUUUGUAUGGAUGAUGUGUAUGGAGGGACAAAUAGGUACUUCCGUAGGGUUGCCUCAGAGCUGGGCUUGAAGAUUUCUUUUGUCGACUGCUCCAAACUCCAGGUGCUGGAUGCUGCAAUCAAGCCAGAAACCAAGCUUGUUUGGAUUGAAACUCCCACAAACCCCAAAUUGAAGGUCAUUGACAUUGAAGGCUGUGCCCAGGUGGUCCAUAAGUACGACAACAUUAUUUUAGCUGUAGAUAACACUUUCAUGUCAGCUUAUUUCCAGCGUCCUUUGGAUCUGGGAGCUGACAUUUGUAUGUAUUCAGCCACUAAGUAUAUGAAUGGCCACAGUGAUGUUGUCAUGGGUUUGGUAUCAGUGAAUUCUGAAGACCUAUAUAAAAGGCUCAGCUUCCUCCAAAAUUCUCUCGGGGCUGUUCCAUCUCCUUUUGAUUGUUACCUCUGCCUUCGUGGUCUGAAAACUUUGCAAAUCCGAAUGCAGAAACACUUUGAAAAUGGACUGGCGGUGGCCAAGUUCCUGGAGGCGAAUCCCCUAGUAGAAAAGGUCAUUUACCCUGGCUUGCCCUCUCACCCUCAGUAUGAACUGGUUCAGCGUCAGUGCACAGGCUGCCCAGGAAUGAUCACCUUUUAUAUCAAGGGAGAGCUUGCCCAUGCAGAAGCCUUCCUGAAGAACCUCAAGGUUUUCACGUUGGCCGAGAGCCUGGGAGGAUACGAAAGUCUUGCCGAGCUUCCGGCUAUCAUGACCCAUGCCUCGGUGCCCAAAGAGGAGAGGCAGAAGUUGGGAAUAAGUGACACUCUGAUCCGGCUCUCCGUUGGCUUGGAGGACACAGAUGAUCUCUUGAAGGACAUCAGUCAGGCUUUGAAGGCCGCUCACCCUUAAUCUAUGAGCCGUAACUAGAAUGUAACCAGGAUGUGCUACUGAGGGCUGCGAUUCCUGGAAUGAUCAAGCACUCAGAAGAUCGCUAAUUGCAGACUGCUAAUGAGCCUCCUGUGAUUGCCAUUAGAAGAUCUUCAGUGUCUCCCACAUUAGGCACCUCACUACCUUUUAUACUUUAAACCACCAGUGACUGGACAUCAACGGCUCAAGAUGCUAUUCUCUUGUCUCUCUCUGGUUGUGAAAUUCAAGCUCAGUUUCUGGUGAUGGUCCCUUUAUCGUUUCUACUUGUGCUUCUUAUCAAAGGAGGCUCAGUUGUGUGCUGCCAGUUUGCAUCUUCCUUCCAAGGCAUAAAACGUCUUUUGAUUAUGUUUACACUUUGAUGUUAAUUCAUUGUCUGAUGGCCUUCAGAAUAAUUCACACUACUGAAUGAACUCUCAGCACUGAGAGCAGCUCAGUGGUUUACGGAGUAUGGAUGUAAUGCCAAAAUCAGAUACUUGAAACCAUAAUGUGAAAUUCCACUGAUUUUAAAUUGGAUCUUGAAAAUCUCGUUUUUCACUUUAGUAAAUAUUCAUAGCCAA